AUGGCUCUCCCGACGCGUCGCCGUCCCGGUGCGCUCCUACUGCUCCUCGUCGUCGGCCUCGCGCUCGCGGUGUCCUUCAGCUGCGCACACGCAGUCCGAGUCCCCGCCGCCCUUCAGGAUGGCGGCACCGAGGCCGCUCACCAAGGACAAGCACCGGCCGGCAGCGGAGCCGUGCCGCUCGAGCACGCCGCCGCCGACAAGCAAGUCCACGACCACGAGCACGUCAGCGAGGGGGUCAUGCGCGUGUCCUCCGGCAGCGGCGGCGGCUCCGAAGGGGGUUCUGGUUCUCGUUCCAGCAGCGGAUCAAGUGGCGGUUCUGGUUCUCGUUCCGGCAGUGGAUCAUCAGGCGGCGGUUCUCGUUCUCGUUCCGGCAGCGGGUCAAAGGGCGGCGGUUCCCGUUCCGGCGGUGGAUCAAGAGGCGGUGGUAGUUCUCGUUCCGGCGGCGGCUCGAGAGGCACCACGAACUAUGAUAGCGUGCUUGACUUGCUCGAUUACGACGCCACCGCAUCGGCGACGGCGAUGAGAGACGGGACGAGGCUGCUCUGCGUGGCCACCCACCUCCAGGGCGCAUCCUGCAAAGGAGGACGAGGCGGUGGUGGCGGCGGCGGGUCAGGAAGAGGUGGCGGCGGCGGGUCGGGAAGAGGCCGCUCCGGCUCCGGCCGCCCGUUCCUCGGCGGGGUCGGUGCGGGCGCCGCCGCCGGCGUCGGCGCGAGGACGGCCUCGGGAGGAUCGCACGGCCACCACAGCGCCGCAGCGGGUGGCGCGGGCGGGCCUGGCGUGUGGAGGGUGGCCGCAGCCGGCGCCGCCCUCACCGCUGCGGCGCUCGCCUGGUUCUGA